AUGCCACCUCAGGGUCUUCACGGUGCCGCGGAGCUCGCAGCGAAGUCAGCCGCGAUAGGCCGCACCUGCAACAAGCUGCGUGGACUCCACGAGGUCACAUGCGGCGUGUCCUCCAGGCAUGGCACCGGCCAGCUGGCCUGCAUCUGCAGAGCUCCCAUCACAGGGCAGUGCAGGGAACUGUGCCACGGCCGCGUCGAGCUUACCGCAUCACGGCUCGAAGGCUUCGCCAAGCCCGAGAAAAGCGAAGGCAUAGCUCCGCCACGUGCGGUUUCCGCUGAGCUGCUCCGCACUGGAAGCGGAAGCGAACCUGCUUGCUUCGGAAUGGGAAAGAGUCUUGCUAGGACCGAACCAGAGCGUGGCAGAGAUCCCUCGCAGAGAGGCCGAGGAGGGCACCAGCCAAUUUGGGCAGGAAAGCGGCGUGGCGCCCAUGCUCGCAACGGCCCCGGCAGCCCCAAAACCACAAGCAGACAGGGCCUGAAGCUGCCGAAGUCGGGCGCUCUGCCUGCAGCCCACCGGCGCCCGGAGUCAGACGCAGGAAUGAGACGUCCAUCUCGGGCUGGGCUAGGUCUCUUACCUGCGGCCAGCUACAGGGGCAUCCCCGGCCGUUGCUACGUUCUUGUGAACAGGCUGCUCACACUGCGGUGGACUCAUUUGGCCUGA